AUGCCUUCAGAAGAGGCCAAAAGUCUGACACGGAUACUAAACACUCUAGGCCUUCCGACGACCCAAUUGGCUAUAGAACGCAACAAAACACCACCGAUUGACCCAGCUUUGUCCCUAGAGCCGCAAACAUCAGCAGUCUGCGUCCCAUCUAACAAUACCAUACUACCUCCAGAUCAACUUCCCCUAGGCUUUCCACUACCUUUCGACCCGUCUUCCUUCAACUUAGGCAAUGACGCGACAGUCGGGCUCGCACCACCGGUCCAAGACGGUUUGUUGAACUUAACAACGAGAGCGAUUGCAGACUGGGAAUGGAGCCCUUCUGAAAAUGCCGAUAACAUCAUCACAAAUGGUGGUGGCAUCGCCAGCGUCCAGACCCCCAGCCAUCCUCUGUUGAGCACGUACUCCGGAGAGGCUGCUUUGAGCGACAAUGAAGAGGACGAUGCCGGCUCAGGCACAACGGAAGAGGACCUAGUCAACCAGUUAUCUGAUAGACUAGGGUCUCUCCAAAUUGGUCCCAAUGGAAAAAUCUCCUAUUUCGGACCAACAUCUAACUUCAGCUUGAUGGAACUACCUGUGGGAGCCGAUACUUUGGCUGUGGAUCGAACCGUGCGCAACGAUGGCCAAGAACACCUCGACAACAUGGGCUACGGCAAACAGGUACCGCAAGAUCUCGAAGAUCAUCUGAUCAACCUUUACUUCACAUGGCAGGACCCCUUUCAGCAUGUAGUCGACAGGACUCUCUACGACGAAGCGAAACAUAGUUGGCACGAGCGAGAGGAAGACACACCAUAUUAUUCCGAGGCACUUAGAAAUGCAAUGUGUUCGUUAGGGGCUACCUUCGAAACACGAUAUCACCCGAGCUUUAUAACCUUCCCAAAGUCUCUUCCGGAUUUCUUCGCCGCAAGAGCCAAGACUCUUUUAGAGAUCGAACUAGACUCGCCUUCCGUCUCUACGGUACAAGCAAUGAUUGUUCUUAGUAGCCAUGAGAUAGGCGCGAAUAGGGACUCUCGCGCAAUGGCGAUUCGGCUCGCGUUUGAUUUGGCAUUACACAAGGAUAUGACACCGUACGUAAACAAGGGUGUUCUUAAACCCGCUGAAGCAGAGCUUCGUCGCGCUGUAUUCUGGAGCGCAUACACAAUGGAUCAGACGCUCGGAUUUUACAGAGGUCGGCCUUUUCGUAUCAGCAUGGAUGAUAUCACAGUUGGGAAACCAACAGAAGACUCAUCAGAUGGACGGAUCGAGCAAUGGCUUCCUUACGUUUCGCGCCUUAGCAACGACAACGCCCCAGUACCCAUCCAGGAUUACACUGAGGUCAUCAGCCUAUACCGCAUAGAGUUGUGCGAAAUCAUGGCGCCUCUCGGUCACACGCUAUACGGCAACUCUCGGAUUCCGCGGGACAUAUUACAGGCCAACAACGAGAAGAUUGUUUCAAUAUUAUUUGCUUGGAAGCAGAACCUGCCACGUACGAUACAAGUCGAUCUUGAAGACUCAGAGGGAACAUUCCUUCCUCAUGUUCUUCUGUUACAGCCGUGGAUGUCGUCGAGCUACAUUCAACCACAACCACCUCAAGGUCCCGGCUACAUGCACGCGCAACAAAUGUGCAUCGAGUCAGCAGCCGCAGUGGCAAAGCUGAUCCUGAUUUACGAACGCCAAUACUCCCUCAAGCGAGUUCAUAUCCAAGGCGUGGCCAUCAUCUUCUCUGCAGCCAUCAUACUCAUCUUCGCAUCUAUAUCCCGCCGCAGACGGAAGAGGACCACGGAGACGGCGACACACUUGAGCGUAUGCUUCCGGGCUCUGGAGGAGCUUUCAGGCACUUGGGAGUGCGCCAAGCGGUCUCGGGAUUUUCUUCUCAUGCUGCAACCUGAACAGGCAGAAUUCCAGAGCCUCGCCAACCUCACGUCUGCACCUCAACACACUAACAGUCACUCAUGCAAGAUCACAAUGUCACUUUCAGAUGAUCGGCUCUGUCGCAACUGCACCAAGCUAAAUCUUCAGGCAGUCUUCGACCCGGCUCGUUUUGACGGUCUUCCGGCCAUCGGCUCGGCUCAGAGUUACAAGACCAGCUGGACCAAAUACAUCCAGCAUGUUGGAGACUGGAGACCGCUCACCCGAGAGGAUAGGAUCAGUCAAUACCCCCCAGGCAUAAUCCCAAGUUGCCCGUUCUGUGAUUUGGUCUUCUCCAUCGGCUUCAACCUCAACCGCUAUCCGAUGGCCGAGAAGGAGAAGAUCAUGUUAGCGAUCCCCGCCAAUCUGCUCUACAAUUUUGCUGAGAAGCCGAAGCUUGGAGAUGGCGGGGAACGUCCAGACUUCAACUCCGUUCUCCUUCUCGUCAUGAAUCCCUCACACUACAAGACAGCAUCCGCUCAGUACUUUGGCAAUACCAGUGCUGGUGGCGGCUUGACAGCGUGGAUCCGUUUCGCCCAUCGAGAGGCGCCAGGAAGUCUGGUCUCUCUUGCAUCCACUGCUAUCUUGGAGCCCACUCGACCUCUUCUGGACCUUCCGAUGCAAGCUAGAGUCUUGCGCGAGGAGAGAAUCGACUACGGCCUCGUUCGAUCGUGGAUACACCUAUGCGAGAAUCAUCACGAUGCAUGUCGUACCAGCCCAGACUGGCAGACUCUCCCUCACUUCAAGCUCAUAGACUGCGAGACCCGUCAAAUCAUCAACACAGACCCAGCCACUAGGUAUCGCUACGUAGCGUUGAGCUACGUUUGGGGAGUCGCGCCUCCAGACAGGUACACAUACCCGUGUCUGCCGGACGACCUUCCGCCAGUCAUUCAAGACGCCAUGAGGGCCACCAUCAAGCUCGGCUUCCGCUACAUCUGGAUUGACAGAUACUGCAUCUGGCAAGACGACGCAACUCACAAGAUGAGUCAGGUGGAGAGGAUGGACCAGAUCUACGGCGACGCAGAACUCAGCAUCAUCGCCAUCGGCGCCAAAGACCCGAGCUACGGGCUGCCGGGCUUGUCUCUCGGCCGAACGCAACACGUUCCAAUCACCAAAACAAUCGGCGAGCAAGGAAUCGUGACAAAUUUCAGCCACCAGUGGCAACUAGACCAGAUCUCCCGAUCAAAGUGGUCCACGCGGGGGUGGACGUUCCAAGAGACGUGUCUGUCGAGGAGAAGACUCUACUUUUCCAACUAUGAGGUCUCGUUUGAGUGCCACGAUAUGAUGUGCUUUGAACACCUCACGCGUCCUCUUGCUUUGCAGGGGAAUCUGGAGCACCACGAGAGGCCCGAGUGGACUCUCCUCAAUACCCCAGACGGUAUCUGGGCUAUACUUCAAAAGUACUGCGAUCGCCAGCUGACAUACUCAAGCGACAGACUCGCUGCUGUAUCUGGAGUGUUGAAGAAGUGGUCACGAGUCAAUCCAGGAUGCUUUUCGUACUGGGGCAUCCCGAUAGUCGCCUCCGGCUGGCUGGUAGUAGACGCCACUGCUUCGAGACGCGCCUUUCUCGCUGGACUCCAAUGGGAGAUUCGGCCUGAAGGAAAGAACUAUGCCAGGUUGGCAGGUUUUCCCAGCUGGUCGUGGGUAUCCCAGAAUGGGAAGACGUUGUUUGGUCACUACGGCUACUUCCAUCUGAGGCCUCCCAAGUUAGUGGAACUUACAGAAAACUUCGACUCAGAGGUUUGGGUGGAAACGCCUCAGGGCAACAUGGUUGAAUGGGCCGACUUCUUUGAGACUAGUGGUCUUGAUUCGUCAAUCAUGCAAUGUACCAGGUAUCUUCACAUCGAAUGCUGGUCAUUUCAGACCGGGCCCCUCUGCUAUCGGAAGAUCAAACGGCGUUCAGGCACCUCGCACGACGACAUGUUCUAUCUCCCAACAACACGCAAACCCUCUGAUGGAAAAGGAGAGUUUGUUAUCAAGUUCACCCCAGACUUCGGAUACGAAGAUACCUUCCUCGACCGAAAACUUACGGCAAUAUGCUUCUCGCCUCUGGAGCACGCAACGUGCGCUAUAGUUCUUGAGUCUGUCCCUGGCCUCACGCCUUCCAUUCGUUCCGCAGAGGCGUCGUUUCCGGUUGGGAUAAGUAUAGGGUAG